UACGCAUUGUGAGAACCACGCGCAUUCGCUUCUGCUAUUGUGGUGACUGAAUUGCUUUCCAGUACCAGGGCAUUUAGUUAAGCAGAUUGUGUUUCUUCAGACCCCUAGGAUGAUCUCCUUACAACGAUUGGUGGCAAGUAACUCUGGGGACAGCAGCAUCACACGAACAGAGAUAUGAGCCUGCACAUGAACCACAUCAUAACGAGAUGGGAUACAGCACUGCCGGGAUCAUGAAAUACUGUGCUGUUGAAUGAAGUAUUGGCAACACCGGACCAGUGAAACCUCUUCUGUCCAUUAACCAUGCAGUGGAAGGAUAUGCACGGAUGGACAGUAAAAAUGAGCAUGCCGAGUGUUUUGGCCAUGGUAACGGUCUUUUCCAUUAUUCCUGGUGGGGUGCUGAGUGAUACGAGAAGUACUCAGGGUCUGGAAGCCCAACAAAUAGCCCAAGGGUCCACUCAUCUGCACCGUCGCCUGAAGAGAGGCUGGAUCUGGAAACAGCUGUUUGUCCCCGAGGAAGAUCCAACUCCUCGUGUUAUUGGCCAGCUCAAAUCUGACUAUGACCGUGGUGAGUUUUCCAUCAAGUACAUAUUAUCAGGAGAUGGUGCCGGAGAUGCGUUUGAGAUAGAUGAGUAUUCUGGUGAGAUACGGACACUGAAGAAGCUCGACAGAGAGGAAAAGGCCUUCUAUGUCCUUCAGGCCCAGGCAAUAAACAGGAGGUCCAAUGAACCAGUGGAACCCCAAUCAGAGUUCAUCAUCACGGUGCAGGACAUCAACGACAAUGUCCCUCAGUUCCAGAACGAACCAUAUGUGUCCAGCAUCCCUGAGAUGUGUCUAAUUGGGACCACAGUGGCCCAGGUGACAGCCACAGAUGCUGAUGAUCCCAUGUUCGGAAACAACGCCAAGCUCAUCUACUCCGUCCUGCAAGGAGAACCCUACUUCUCAGUGGAACCAAAGACGGGGAUUAUUGUAACAUCUUGGCCAAACAUGGACCGCGAGGCCAGAGAGCAGUACCUGGUGGUGGUGCAGGUGAAGGAUAUGCUUGGCCUCAGCGGCGGUUACUCCUCCUCCACCACCGUUACAGUAAGCCUGACUGAUGUCAACGACAAUGGACCUACUUUCCAACACCACCUGUACACUUUUGCCGUACCUGAAAAUGCAGCUGAAGGCACCACAGUUGGCAGGGUUAUGGCGUAUGAUGGAGACAGUGGCAUCAAUGCUAAAAUGACCUACAGUCUGGAGGAUGACCUGGAGGAAAGCUCCACUUUUAUCAUCAAAACAGACCCCAGUCACCAGGAGGGAUUGAUACUGCUAGCCAAGCCGUUGGACUAUGAAACUAAAAGACGUUUUGUCAUGGCCGCAGAGGCAGUCAAUGACCAUGUGGACACUCGUUUUCUGGAUCUAGAGGAGUUCAGGGACAGAACAACGCUCAAGAUUAUUGUGGAAGAUGUGGACGAGCCGCCUGUCUUUCUCUCCGAGGUGUACGAGUGGAAGGUUCCUGAAAAUGCAGCUGUGGGAACUGUGGUUGGCAGUGUUAGUGCCAGAGACACUGACACAGUCAACAACCCCAUCAGAUAUUCAAUUGACAAAUGGAGAGAUAACACAAAAGCUUUCAAAGUAGACCCAAACAAUGGAACUAUAAUUGUCGCUAAAGCAUUAGACCGAGAGACUGCAAACUGGCACAACAUUACGGUCGAAGCCAAGGAAACGACGCAGAGCCAUUUAUCCUCCUCUGUGGUGGUGUUCAUCAAAGUGCUGGACAUAAACGACAAUGUGCCAAGGCUUGCAAGAGAUUACCAGCCGUAUAUCUGCGAGGGAACACAGGCGGGAGAACUCAUUCAGCUGCUCAGUGCUGUUGAUCCGGACGACCCUGUGGAGGGACACCAUUUCUACUUCUCUAUGGUCCCCGAGAAACACAUCAACCCAAACUUCACCAUCAGAGACAAUCAAGACAAUACAGCCGGCAUCGUGGCACGCAGGAGUUCUUUUACGCGCAAGGAUCGAACCCAGUACCUCCUGCCUGUUGUGGUGACUGACAGUGGAUCUCCAGCUCUCUCCAGCACCAACACUUUAACCAUCAGUGUAUGCAGCUGCCAGCCUGCCGGCCAUUGUCCCACAGGGGGGGUGGAGGCCCUCGCCCUGUCUAUGGGGGUCAGCCUGCAAACCUUGUUAGGAAUUGUGGUCUGCUUUAUCACACUUAUAGUGCUGUCAAUUCUAAUGCUGGUGGUGAGGAGGCACAGGCGGAAGCAACAGGAGAAGCUGGAGGUGGAGGGGAAAGAGCUGGAGCUGCCUGAGACGGUGUCACAGAAGGUGCUGUAUUACGGAGAAACGGGGGGUGUAGGAGCCGACCUCAACUUCUGCCAGCCUGCGGUCCCGCUGCGCCGCCACCCCAGGAGGAGGGAGAGGAGGCUGCGGAGGGAGGACGUCAGGGCCAGCAUACGCAUGUCCCUCAGAGAAUCCCACCUCAUUGGGCCGGACGACGACGUCUUCAGGCAGUUUAUUCUGGACAGGUUGACAGAGGCUGAUCUCGAUCCUUACGUCCCCCCAUUCGACUGCCUAAGAACCUAUGCUUAUGAGGGGUCGGGUUCUCCCACAGGGUCCCUGAGCUCGCUGGACUCAUCUACAACGGAGCUUGAACCUGAGCAACCUGUUAGUAAUCCCAGAACCUCCACAGUAAGACUCACCCCUUGGUAUUGGGGAGGAGAGGAAGACACCAUCUUCUGAGGGUCUCUUCUUCUACUCUUUCAAUGGCUGUUUCUCUAAUCUUUGCCAUGAUGGACAAGUUCACUUCACUUCCAAUGAGCGAUCAGCCAUGACUAAAAGUUGCAUUUAAAGGAAAGGCCCAGCAUUAUGAAUAAUUCCUUGUCGAGAGUUGUACCUGAUUCAUUAAUGUGCGCUGAAUAUAAAUCAAAAGCAGCCUGUCAGCUUAGCUUAGUUUAGCAUGAAGACUGGACUCUUUUCGGAGGCUUUAGUUGUGCUAUGCCACUUUCAUCAUCUAAUGUCUGCUUUCUUCAGUCUUCUGUUGCUAUGUUAGGCUAACUGGAGCCUGGUUGUAGCUUUAUAUUUAUCAUACCGAUAUGAAAAAAGUAUUUAAUUCUCGUGUUGCUUCAAGCUAGAAAGCAUAGUGUAUUACAUACAAUGACAAGCCAUUCCUCUUAGAUGAAAUCAAUCCAUAAUGAUUACAUUAUGUACGCAUCAAUUCUGUGUACAUUUCUUUGAACAUUGAGAGCAUUUAUGACUUUUUAUGGCUAAUAUGAAUGUUGAUGUUAGACUUUGUCUUAGUGCCUUCAAAUCUAAGAGCAAGGGGUUUAUUCUACACUCACUUCUAUGCAACAAUCAAAUCCAUCUUCGUCCUACAUCGUAAGCCAUUUGUAUAAAUGCUAAAACAACCUGUAUUCUCCUGACAAGCGACCUCUUGUAGUUGUGCAAAUAAGGACUAUCCUCUCUAAAUUGCAAAGGUAGGAUUAACAUGCCGACAUGUUGCGUGUUCGUUGCAUUUUCCCUCAACUUCAGAAACUGCAGUCCAGUGAUCUACCAAAAAUGUAAUGUAACUCUUCCCCAAACCUUUAAGCUGCAUUAUUUUUAUUUUAUUUGUAUUUUAUUUAGUCCGCUUAGGGACAGUGGAACAAGCUGGAAACACAGUAUUAUCACAUUAUUAAUUUGUGGCUGUUAAAGAGUAAAACAAUGGAAUUCAUGCUUUAAUUAUUAUAAAUAUUACAGUGAUAUUACACUCACUGUAUAAUACCUACAGUAUUACUGAUCAGUCAAAUACAUGUUUAUGGUACUACUAGACACUUCUUAUCUAGUUUUAUAUUUGGUAUUUUGGCUCAUAACAAUUUGUUCUGUACAUUAUGUGUAUUGUUGUAUUUACCCCUACGAAAUGAUAUUAUUUAAUGCAUAUUCUUUGGUUAUGUGAAUGGCAACAUCAUUUUCAAAUAGAGAUUUUGAUUCCU